UGACAUUGACAUUUGCUUCCAGCUGACUGCAUAACCUCAAAUUUAAAAACAUGAUUAAAUAUUGAAAUAAAUAAUUAGUACGCUACGUUAAUAAACGUUUAAAAUGGGUGCUAUGAGGAAAGUUCUAAACUGGUAUGCUCGCUUGUCUCCCAGCCGAGGGAAAACAUCGCCUCCAUAUGAGCAUGUCGUUCAAAUUGGAGACCCUAGGUUACGUAAAGUAUCUGAUCCAGUUCCAGUGGAUAAAAUUAAAAGUGAGGAAGUCCAGAAAGUGAUAAAUAAGCUCCGACUCGUUCUGCAUAAAUACGGCAGCGUCGGUAUGUCGGCACCACAAAUAGGAGUGAACAUGAGAAUGUUUGUGAUGAGACAUACAGCCAAACAAAUCUCUGCAGUACCUCCUGAAAUCGCAAAGUCGAAGGGUAUGUCAGUCGUACCGUUCACUGUGUUCAUAAAUCCAAAGAUAAAGGUGGUUGAUUAUCAAAAGGUAAUUUAUAUGGAAGGAUGUGAGAGUGUACAAGGGUAUUCAGCAGAGGUGCCUAGAUACAGAGAAGUAGAAGUAACAGGGUAUGACGAAAAUGGCGAGAGUGCAACUCGCGUGUUCAAACUCUGGCCAGCUAGGAUCGCGCAGCAUGAGAUGGAUCAUCUAGACGGAAAGAUGUUCACGGACCUGAUGGAGCGAAGGACCCUGACAUGCGCUUGCUGGGAGGAAGUCAACCUGUCUAAGGGAAAAGUUGUAAUACCAUUCAACCCUGAAUAAAAAUUAGCAAUCUA